AUGUCAUCUGAUCCGCUCGAUGACGUCUUCAAUCUCGAAGACCGCUUCUACACCCAAGGCUACACCCAAGGCGUCGAAGAUGGAGCCCGCGCUGGAAGAAUAGAAGGCCGCUCAUUCGGCAUGGAAAAGGGCUUCGAAAAGUUCCUCGAGAGCGGCCGCCUCGCCGGCAAGGCCAUCGUCUGGGCAAACAGACUCCCCAAGAAGACCGCCAAGCAGAAAGAUGCCUCAGAAAAGAGCUCAGAGGCCUGCACGCUACCGCCGCUCCCGAGCAAUCCACGCCUAGAAAAGAAUGUCAAGCUAGCCUAUGCGUUGGUCGAGCCAGAUACGCUGUCUACGGACAACAGCGAUGAGGCUGUGCAGGAUUUCGAUGACCGGGUCAAGAGGGCGCAGGGCAAAGUCAAGAUCAUUGAGAGGAUGUUGAAUUAG